AUGAUGGAUCUAUCUAUCUAUCUAUCUAUCUAUCUAUCUAUCUAUCUAUCUAUAUAUAUGUAUAUGUCAGUCUGUUCUUAUCUAUCUAUCUAUCUCAAUCUUCUGUUCUUAUCUAUCUAUCUAUUCUAUCUAUCUAUCUAUCUAUCUAUCUAUCUAUCUAUCUCAGUCUGUUCAUUAUCUAUCUAUCUAUCUAUCUAUCUAUCUAUCUAUCUAUCUAUCUAUCUAUCUGUCUGUCUGUUUCUAAUUAUUUACCAAACUAAUGAGCUAUCUGUCUCUAGUUAUUCAUAUAUCUCUUCCUCUUCCUCUCUCUCGUGUCCUCUUCAUAUCUAUCUAUCUAUCUAUCUAUCUAUCUAUCUAUCUAUCUAUCUAUCUAUCUAUCCAAUAGUUUUGUGUCUGCGCGUCGAAGCGCCUGCAUUCGUACAUGUGCAAGUUGGGUGUAGUUCUAAAUUAUCUAUCUAUCUAUCUAUCUAUCUAUCUAUCUAUCUAUCUAUUUAUCUAUCUAUCUAUCUCAGUCUGGUCAUAUCUAUCUAUCUAUCUAUCUAUCUAUCUAUCUAUCUAUCUAUCUAUCUCAGUCUGUUCGUAUCUAUCGAUGUUCAUAUCUAA